CACCAUGAGCUAUGACUUCAUCGGAAACCGUUAUGUCUGUGCCACGACCAGCCAGAGAACAAGAGCAGCACGUUUGGAGUGUGGACUUGUCACUGCCACAACUGUGGACUGGAUUUCAUUCUUCCAAUCUUCUCUGUUUCCUGAUACUAUCACUCCCUUCCUCUCGAUAAAUCUCCUUUCUUUGCAGGGAGGAAUUUUACAGGUGCGCAGAGAA